AGCUGCAGUUAAUUUAAAAAAAAUUCUCAGUGAUAUUGUCAUCUCUGCAACAAAGCAGCAGCUGUAAAGACCAAAACAAAAAAAAAAAUUCAGUGGAAACCAUACAGAACAAGAUCAGCGAUGCUUUGGUCCGUAUUGUUCACUCUGCAAGCUGUCUGCGCCAGCGUGGCACAUGCCAUGCAACAUUACCCUGCGGCCUGGGGACACUAUGAUGUGUGCAAGUCCCAGAUCUAUACAGAGGAGGGCCUGGCAUGGGACUACAUGGCCUGUCAGCCAGAAGCCACCGACAUGACAAAGUACCUGCGAGUGGCCCUCGACCCCCCAAAUAUCACGUGUGGAGAUCCGCCAGAAACGUACUGCGCUUUGGAAAAUCCGUAUAUGUGCAACAAUGAAUGUGACGCCACCACUGAGGAGCUGGCUCAUCCUCCUGAGCUGAUGUUUGACUUUGAGGGUCGCAACCCCACAACUUUUUGGCAGUCCACCUCAUGGAAGAAAUACCCAAAGCCUCUCCAGGUCAACAUCACACUGUCGUGGAACAAGACCAUUGAGCUGACUGACGACAUCGUACUGACCUUUGAGUCAGGCCGACCUGAGCAGAUGGUCCUGGAAAAGUCGCUCGACUAUGGCCGGACUUGGACCCCAUACCAGUUCUAUGCCACUGACUGCCUGGACGCCUUCACCAUGGAACCCAAGACAGUGAACGAUCUCACCCAGCGCACCCUGCUGGAUAUCAUCUGCACUGAGGACUACUCCAGAGGCUACGUGUGGAAGAACGACAAGACUGUACGUUUUGAGAUAAAGGACCGCUUUGCCCUGUUUGCCGGGCCUCGACUACACAACAUGGCCUCACUGUACGGCCAGCUGGAUACCACCAAGAACCUGAGGGACUUCUUCACCAUCACUGAUCUGAGGAUUAGGCUGCUGAAGCCAGCCACUGGAGCCACCAUGGUGGAUGAGAACAACCUGUCCAGAUAUUUCUACGCCAUCUCUGACAUCAAAGUUCAGGGCAGGUGCAAGUGCAACCUGCAUGCCAACAGCUGUGUGUUUGACAAGGGGAAGCUGGGCUGUGAGUGUGAACACAACACCACAGGGCCAGACUGCAGCCGCUGUAAGAGGCACUACCACGGAAGAGCCUGGAGUGUGGGCUCCUACCUCCCUAUACCCAAAGGAACUGCAAAUAUAUGUAUUCCCAGUAAUCACGGACCAGUGCAUCGAGCAAAUGCCUCCUCUCUUGGUGUUGCAAAUCGUAACCAAGCUCGAGUGUGUGACAACGCGAUGCUGCGCUGUCAGAACGGUGGCACAUGCCACCACCAUCAGCGGUGCCAUUGUUCCCCUGGCUUCACGGGCAUCCUGUGCGAGAGAGCUCGCUGCCAGGGCCCCGGGGAGUGUGAUGACCAAUUGUCUGGACAGGCCUCCUUCCAUCAUCCCCCGAUCGGCUGCCACCUCGCUCUUACCCUCGUAGUCCUCCCGCUAUUGAUUGUUUCCCUUUGCUGA